UUCCCUCCCAUUCGACCAAACCCCCUCCCACCGCCGUCGCCGUUUCCCCGACAUCGUCCACGACUCCUUCGUAGGCUCGUAGCUCGUCCAAAUAUAUAUCUCUCUCUCCCCGCCUCUCACGCCGUUAGCGCGCCCGUUAUCUCGGUCUACAAACUAUACUUGGAUGAGCCAGCAACUCAUACCGAUCUAGAUAUUUCUCGGUACUUUGACCUGAUUAAACAAUCAGAUGAGGUGGUUAGAGAAAUUGUUAGAUUCCAGUAGUACAAAUGUUGAGAUUAGGAAGGGGAUCUCUUUGUUGGUUUCAUCCAUCAAUCCGAAAAGUAGUCAUUAUAAUUUCACAGAGAAUUACAUUCAUCAUAUGCCAUCAAAGGUGUUUGAUCAUAGAUGGGCUACUACAUUGUGUCCAGUGAAUAUACCUUUAUCAGGGAGAGAAUCCACUUUUUUGCAACAUCACAAUCGAAGCAUUCGUAGUUCGUCGGGAGCUUCCUUUACCUCAUUUCGCGGAAUUGCGAACUCCGCUAAUGGAGAGAGCUCUAUUACUAGGGAAUGGCUCGCGCAGCUUUGGCGCGAAGAAUUGAGUAAAAACAAGAUUAGAAGAAGGAAGAGGAGGACGAGGAAUCAAGAAGUUGUGCAGUAUGUUGAAGAUUCUCCGGCUUCGUUCCGGUUCCUGUUCUUUAAACCGGCCGAGGAAUAUAUGAAACUUGAGAGAACUACUGAGCAGCCGCCAAUUAGUCAGUACGACGGCGAUCUUCUCUCUCCAAGUUCCCCUGAAGAGGUCAAACUGGCGCCUCUUCUUUCGAGAGCCAAUCUGGUUAUUGCGAGAGACAUAGAAUGGGCGAAUAUUAUGUUUGCGUUUGAACAGGAAAGUCGAUAUGUGAUAAUGGAUCCUUACUUCCAUCAAUCUCCAGUGGGUUUUAUUAGGGAGCAAAGUAAUGUCAUCUUUAGGCAGCUACUUCGUGCACGACGCCCAUUUGUUGCAUACAUAACUGAUGCCCUGGGCAAUGAAAUUUUUAGGGUUCGCAGGCCUUUUUGGUGGAUAAACAGCACAAUCUAUGCCGAGGUAGAUGGUAAGGAAAUUGGUGUAGUCCAUCGACGUUGGCAUCUCUGGCGGCGAAUCUAUGAUUUGUACUUGGGGAACAAACAGUUUGCCGUAGUUGAAAACCCCGGUUUUUGGAAUUGGACAUUUACUUUGAAGGAUGAGGAUGACAAUGUGUUAGCCCAGAUUGAUCGGAAUUGGAGGGGCAUCGGUUUUGAGCUCUUCACUGAUGCUGGUCAGUAUGUGAUUCGUUUUGGGGCUGUUGGUUUGGAAAGGAAAUCUAGCUUGGCUUCACCUAUCGAAGAAUUGGAAGUUGUUCGCCCAUUAACUCUCUCUGAGCGAGCUGUGGCUGUUGCUCUUGCCGUGUCUCUCGACAGUGAUUAUUUCUCCAGGCGUGGUGGAUGGGGGCUGCCUAUUCUGAUUGCUGGCGAGUAAUGAUCUGCAGCUGGUUUCGACUUUGUUGCAGGAUUGGUAUACGAAAAAAAAAAAAAAAGUAGAAGAUGUUGAAUAACAAAUUUGUGCUUAUAGUCAAGCUGCUUUGAAUUUUCAGAAAGUGAUUGUGAAAUCACAAAAACAGUGAUAAUGUGGAAAAACUCGGAUUCAAGCUUAAUAAUGUGGGAUUCGUAUAUUUUGCA